CCGGCGUGCGUACGCCUUCUCUUGCGUUCUCAUGUUAAUGGCGGGCGGCGGCUGCUGAGCGGGACGAAGAUAACCGCUGCUGGCAUCGGGAAAGUCUCCCUGCCUCCCCUUUUCCGCUCGCCGCCAGUACCCCAGCUCGCCAGCAUGUCCGUGGUGCCGCCGAAUCGCUCGCAGACCGGUUGGCCCCGGGGGGUCAACCAGUUCGGCAACAAGUACAUCCAGCAGACCAAGCCCCUCACCUUGGAGCGCACCAUCAACCUGUACCCUCUUACCAAUUAUACUUUUGGUACAAAAGAGCCCCUCUAUGAGAAGGACAGUUCUGUUGCAGCCAGAUUUCAGCGCAUGAGGGAGGAGUUUGAUAAAAUUGGAAUGAGGAGGACUGUGGAAGGGGUUCUCAUUGUACAUGAGCACCGACUACCGCACGUGCUACUGCUGCAGCUGGGAACAACUUUCUUCAAAUUACCUGGUGGUGAACUUAACCCAGGAGAAGAUGAAGUUGAAGGACUAAAACGCUUAAUGACAGAGAUACUGGGUCGUCAAGAUGGAGUCCUGCAAGACUGGGUCAUUGAUGAUUGCAUUGGGAACUGGUGGAGACCAAAUUUUGAACCUCCUCAGUAUCCUUAUAUUCCUGCACAUAUUACAAAACCUAAGGAACAUAAGAAGUUGUUUUUGGUUCAACUUCAAGAGAAAGCCUUGUUUGCUGUCCCUAAAAAUUACAAGCUGGUAGCUGCACCAUUGUUUGAAUUGUAUGACAAUGCGCCAGGAUAUGGACCCAUCAUUUCUAGUCUCCCUCAGCUUUUGAGCAGGUUCAAUUUUAUAUACAACUGAAUUCCUGCACAGUGGAGAAGUAAAAGAAGCCGUCUCUGUGAGCACAGCUCUACACAGUGUAGUAUAAAUGUGGUAGAAAAGGUUUUCUGGUUUUAUCUCCUUCCCAAUUCCUGCUUUCUAUUGUUUGAAUAGUAAAGUUAAUAUGGAGAACUAGAUAGUGGUGUAAACACGUGAUAAUGUUUAAUUUGCUUUUGUUUCUACUCAUAUGUUUUUGUACAACAUUAAAGAAAGUGGACUUUGUAUUUGUAUUCCAUUUUUUAAAAUUUCACAUUAAAAUUGUAAAAUUCUUACAAGCGAAGAUCGUUUUUUCCUCCCCCCGCCUAGGCUGGUGCAUGUUAAGAGACAGUGGCAGGUUUAGAUGAGUUUAUGGGACCCUUGCUCUGGUGCCGUUCUUGGGGGUGCACCCCAAGAACAUGUUACAGAUCUUUGUGGUGAGGAUCUUCUACUUUUAGGAACUCGAUUUGCUUGAUUGAGUCCAGAGUGCAACCCUUGCACCAAAUUUUACACUCUGAGUUAUAUUGCAGCAGAACUCCCAGUAUUUUACUGACUGGUGCAUUUUGUAUUGGGACAGCUAGAAUUUCGUUCAUAAGCAACGGACCUUACACAUCUGGGAAAUCACUAAAAUUGGCUUGCUCGGGGAAAGUCAUGGGAAGUGGUCAAGUCAUCAAGAGCCCAGUCUAGAGCUCAUUGAGAAUUUAUUCCCCCCCACACAUAAUGGAGCUAUUGUUUGUGCUAUUGUGAAAUUAUGUCUUAGUUAUUCUUAGGGCCAUGGUAAAAUGGUGAUCUGUGAAGGAAAUUUCUAAAAGUGGGUCUGUUAGGUUUUGAUCUCUUGGGUUGUGAAGUUAGUUAUUUCUAUUAACUCGAAGUUACAUCCAUAGAGAUGAAAAUUUGACUUUAGCAAGUGACACAAAGCCUUUUCAAAAAUAUGUUGGCAUAAUUUGAAAUCUAAGGACAGGAUAGGGGAUAGAUUUAGUCAGCCUAAGAAAAAUAUCAAAGUUAAAAACCUUAAAAAUACUGCUAAAUUAGUAUCAAAUUUGGAGGAAUUAAAAAAAGAAUCUUAGGGCAAAGGAGUUUGCUGGUUUCAUUGCUUAAUGGUCAAAGUAUAUUGUGUAUGCCUUAUUACAAACUUGUUGACUGUAGGCUUAAUAUACAGGAAAUCUGGUAAGAUACAGCUACUUCAAAGUGAUUGGCAUAGGUAAGUUUUUAAUAGACAGAAAUGAACUAUUGAUUAGUUCUUACAACUUGAUGGUACUGAUCACAGGGCUACUGGGUGAUGUGAAAUGUAUAUCAUGUAUUUUUCCCUAUUUAGACGAGAAAAUCAGACCAAGAGCAUCUGAACAAUUUUAUUUAUAAACAUUCAGUUUAUUUGUUGAGGUCCUGUCAAACCUUCACAUGCUUAUGUAUCAAGUAGUGACUGGACACGUGCUUACGCUUAAGUAGUAGGUGAGCACCAGGCUCCAGGACCAAAAGUGACCAGUGAUUUCCUUUGAAAAAGCCACUAGUUCUGUGGAUAGUCCUCUUCCCUUAAGGACUGACAGUCCUGAGCCUCUGGUUACACUCUCAUAUUUCUAAAUGAUAAUUUUAUUGGUGAACUCACUGGUUAGCUGAGUCCUAAAAGACUGGGGAAGGCAGAAAUGGAGAUGGCUUGAUCCAGCCCACCUUCCAUGAUUGCUUCCGGCAUCCAAGCGAAAGCUUCAGUGACCACAUUUAUAUGUGUUAGUUCUUGCCAUUUGGGGUGGGUGGACUUUUUCUAGGUGUAAUGUAUUAAGUGCUGUCAUUAAAGGAAUGUGUGAGUUGAGUCCUCUGAUUCAAGGCCAUUCAUAUCCUUUGUAACUUAAGCUUUGACCUAGAAAUUCUUUCUGAUUGACACCUCCCAGUAUGAGUGCUUGAUUCGGUCAUCCAUAUGCUGGGGCCUAGGUGAGAAAAACCUUUGAUUUACGCUGCCUGGCUCAAUAACCUUGGAAUGUAAGAGAUCUGGUUUUGAAUAUACAAUUCCUAACACAAAUCUUUUAAAUUGUUUUGAACUGUUGAGUUGCAGUUGUGUCCCAGUACUCUUGUUCUGGUUUCCUGCAGGAAAUAGAACUAGGGAAGUUCAAAUCUGAUGUAUUCCUACAGCACUAGAAGAGGGUACAAGGGCACUGUUUAACACUAAGGUCUUUUGAUAAGUAAGUUCUUAUCACACCUCUUCAAGAACCAACCGUCUUAAAUCAUGCAUUCCAAUUCUCUACAUGCUAAAUGUGGAAUAGCUUUUAAAUGAGCUCAUGAUUAACUGACAUGUUUGACUGCCUUCUGUGUUCCGGGUUUGUUUAUAAAUGAGAGCCCUCUUUUGUAUUGUGUAACUACAGUAUUGUGAGGUUAUUUUCCCUGAGUAAUCCGAGUAGUGCAUAUUCUAUAUACAACUACUAAGUGGUACUAGAAAACAAUUCAAUAGGUUGUGAGGAAAAAUACGGAAAAAGUCUUACUCAGAUGUUUUAAAUCAUUGUUAGCAUUGAUAUCCCUUUGAAGAAAAGUGAAAUUUGUUUUUUUCAUAAGUGAUGAAGACUUGUGAUUUUUUAAAAAGUAGAUAAUAAAAUGGCAUUAUGAUAAUUCUGUAUAUGAAUUUGUACUUAUAACAGCAGAUCUGGAUUUUUACUAUUGUCUUAACUUGUAACUAGCACAGUGGUUUGGUUAUUACUUUGGGUAUUUAAGGGUUCCAUGAAGUUAGCAUUUUAUUUGGAUAAAACCACCAAAUUAGCCAGUCCAUUUUUUUUUCUUCCAUGCGUAAUUAGAAGUGAGGUCCUCCAGAUUCAGCAGGCCAGCAUGUAGUCAGUUUAGAAUUCCCUUUCUUAAGUGAUGUGACUCUUAGACUCUCAGGUUUUUAAUGAUUAUUUUUUAAGUACCUGCUCAGUCGCUUGAGAUGAAAUGCUUGGAGCAGCUUUUCCACAUUGGAGUUCCUCAAACUUAAUGUUUUUACUAGCUCAUAGUGUUUGGAACAGUACAUGCCAUCGCUAAGACUAUUUCAGAGAGUGUAAUUUCGUAUUUCGCAUGGCCAGAGAAGGCAUAGUGUUUUUUUUACUGUAAGACUCAUUUUCUAUAAUUAUUCUGUUUGUUUGCUAUCAUUUAUUAUUUGGGUUAAACUGGACUCACUUCAGUUUCCCUUUGUUGUUUAAAUAUGUGAUGAGAAACCUAAUAAUGUCAUUGACUUGAGCCAUAAAACACAUUUUAAUAUUAGCUUGUUUUUGUGUGAAAAAACAGACUAAAAUGUAAGUAAGUCUAGAUUAAGCCAGUUUAGAUGUAAUUCGUAUUUUAGUUAUGGAUUGUAUCGUAAGACAAAUUGGGAAAAUGUAUUAUGCUGUUCUGUUGAGGGAAAACAGUGUAUUUAAAAUUUAAGCUUUUGGUUACUGUGCUUACAUCAUAGAAUACAGGCAUCAUUUAUAGUUUAGCUUUGAGAAUUUUUCUUGUAUUAAGUUUAUGGGAAAUGUAUAAAAAACUGGAGUUUUGGUUAUAUUUUUAUAUUUGUAAAGGUCGGAUUAUAAUGGUCACUGUUCUUUUUUUAAAAAUUUCAUUUUACUGUCAUUUCAACUAAAAAAAUUAAAACAAUGAUAAAACAAUGA